AUGACCGAAGAAGCCCCAGUUCUCCCAGUUAAAGUAGGAAUCAAGCAGUCACAGUGGAACUCUGUUGACGUCGGAUCCAAUGCCAUCGAGGUUCCAGAAAACACCAAGUUUGCAAAGAAGAAGAAAAACGUAUAUUACGAGGACGACAACUCAGAUGAACGCCAGCUUCUUCGCUUAGCCAGAAUGCAGGAAAGAUACGAGAAAAAGGUCGCUGCAGAGAGAUCUGUAUCUCCAUCCAAGAAGCAGGAGACUCCAGUCGAACAAAUCAGAGAUGAAGCUGCUGAAGAGGUUAAGAAAUCUACAAGCAAGAACAAAUUCUCUGCUCUUAUGGAAGAGGAAGAUGAAGAUGAAGCUCCAGCCCCAGUAGAGGAACCAAAGCCAGAGCCAAAGAAGGAAGAGAAGAAACCACAACAGAAGAAGGAAGAAAAGAAGCCACAACAGAAGAAGGAAGAAAAGAAGCCAGAGCCAAAGAAGGAAGAAAAGAAGCCAGAACCAAAGGUAGAAGAGAAGAAGAAGCCAGAGCCAAAGAAGGAAGAAAAGAAGGCUCCAGCUAAGAAAGCUACAAAGAAGGCUACAACACCAAUUACCAAGAAGAAAUCUACAAAGAAGACCUUCAUGCAGAAGCAUUCUUUCGAUAUCCUUCUUUUCCUGUUUAUUGUUGUUGCUGGAGCAGCUCUUAUCGCUCUCAAUAAGAGUGGCGUUUUGGCUAAAAAGAACUAA